AUGUCAGACUUUCUGCAAUUUGAUGUAGAUUUUUACCAGUCAAACUACAUUGCUGACAAUCAAGAAGAAAGCUCCAAUGGGCCUGAAGAUUCUGGAAGUAUUUACGGUGGUAAAAAACUCUGGACAGGUGCUUUGCCACAAUCCGAUGCCUAUGCUUCUCAGCCACUUGAGGGCCAAAUCUUUCAACCAGCAGAUGCUUCGCAGUUUCCAUCCAACAAUACUUAUUUUGACAAUUUUGAUGAAGAGCCAUCUUUGCUUGAAGAGCUAGGGAUCAACUUCAAUCAUAUCUGGCAAAAAACAUUAACAGUGCUGAACCCAAUGAAGCCUGCUGAAGCCAGCAUUAUGAACGAGACAGAUCUGACUGGACCUUUGGUUUUCUGCUUGGCCCUUGGGGCAACAUGGCUCCUGGCAGGAAAAGUCCAUUUUGGCUAUGUUUAUGGCAUCAGUGUUAUUGGCUGCAUAGCAAUCCAUGCUUUGUUGAAUCUGAUGAGCAUUGUAGGUGUUUCCCGUGGAUGUGUAGCAAGUGUGCUAGGCUACAGCCUGUUGCCCAUGGUGAUCUUAUCCACCUGUGCAGUAUUUUUCUCCCUACAAGGGAUCCCUGGCACUCUGGUAGCUCUGAUCUUUGUUGGAUGGUGCAGCCUCUCAGCCUCCAAGAUCUUCACUUCCACUUUGGCUAUGGAAGGGCAGCAGGUUUUGGUUGCUUAUCCUUGUGGUUUACUCUAUGGGCUUUUUGCCCUUAUAACUGUUUUCUGAGCUUUGCUAUCAUAGCAGGUGGCUGUAUUCUUUCUCUAUUGUAUAACCAGUUG